AACCUAAGAAAGCGAAUAUCUCGAAGUUAAUCCUUUUGUAGGGUUUUUUUUUUUUUGGUUCUUGGGCCACUGUCCCCCAAACACCUACUGCACUUCAUAAUGGACAACCCUUCCCAGUUUCUUGACAACAAGGACACUCUUGGACAAAAGGUUUUGAGUCACUCACGAAGUCCUCUCCCUUUGCAUGAUCAACAGUAUUGGGUUUUCUCCUAUAAAUAGAUGCUUCUCCAAAGGAAAAGCCACCAAAAACAGCUUCCAAUUAAGCUUUCAUCAGUCAGCCUCUCAUAACCAAACUCUUGUUUCCAUGGCGCCAGUACCCCUUUCUCCCAUCAAAGUUGGCCACAUCCAUGAUGUCCAAGAACUGCAGAAGGCCCAGACAGAGGCAAUUCCAGAAAGGUUUGUACGGGACAUGACCGAGAGGCCAACACUAACCACUGAUGCACCACUGCCAUCGUGUGUCGACAUUCCCAUCAUCGACUUGUCGAAGCUCGUGAAUGACAGCAAAUAUGAGCUCCAGCAGAAUGAGAUUUUGAAGCUCAAAGCUUCAUGUGAAGAGUGGGGGUUUUUCCAGGUGAUAAAUCAUGGAGUUGAAAUUGGUGUACUUGAGAGCAUAGAAAAGCUGGCCAUGGAUUUCUUCAUGCUCCCUUUAAAGGAGAAGCAGAAGUACCCGAUGGCGCCGGGAACCAUCCAGGGCUAUGGACAAGCUUUUGUCUUCUCUGAAGACCAAAAGCUUGACUGGUGCAACAUGUUUGCUCUUGGGGUUGAACCUCAGUCUAUAAGAGUCCCAAAACUAUGGCCAACAAAGCCAGCCAACUUCAGUGACACCAUAGAGGUUUAUUCAAGAGAAGUGAGGAAACUGUGCCAGGAUCUGUUGAGGUUCAUUGCUAUGACUCUUGGGUUGAAGGGGGAAACUUUCAAUGAGAUGUUCGGGUUAGCGGUCCAAGCUGUAAGAAUGAACUACUACCCUCCAUGUUUAAGGCCUGACCUUGUCAUGGGCCUAAGCCCCCAUUCAGAUGGAAGUGCCCUCACAGUUCUGCAACAGCGGAAGGAUAGCUCUGUAGGCCUCCAAAUCCUUAAGAACAAUAAGUGGGUAGCCGUUCAGCCUAUUCCAUAUGCACUAGUAGUCAACAUUGGCGACACGAUGGAAGUUCUAACAAAUGGAAGAUACAAGAGUGUGGAGCAUAGAGCAAUAGCACAUCAGGAAAAAGAUCGUCUCUCGAUUGUCACAUUCUAUGCUCCGAGCUAUGAGACACAGAUUAGCCCAAUUCCAGAACUAGUGGAUGAGACCAACCUCCCAAAGUAUAGAACAUACAACCAUGGAGAAUACAGCAAACACUAUGUAACUAACAAGCUACAAGGAAAGAAAGCCCUGGAAUUUGCUAAAAUCCAAACCAAUAACUCCCCAUAAUUAGAAGGAUCAACUUGGGGUACCUCCAUUUAGGCUAAUAUAAAGUAACAUCAUAUCAUAAGCAAGUAUUAGUUUAUUGGGUCUGAACCAACUAAACCAAAACAGGUUGAGAAGCAUCUGAUUUGAUGCACAGUGGCUGUAUAUGCACAACUCGGACUUGGGUUCACAGUGACAAUGAAUGGAAGCUUGUGGCCUGUGGGGUCUUAUGUUUGUAAGCUUUUCUUCUCAAAAUUGUUGUUUUGUGAGAAAAGAAAAGGAAGAAUCAAACAGAAGGAGAGGUCACUUUUGGUGCAUCCUCUUAUCAGAUUCCUAAAACGGCAAAGAAGGAUGCAAUCAUGUGAGUAGCAAGGGCAGCCAAAACCACCGGUUGAGGUGACAAAAGGGUGCCCACUGUACGAGGGGAGGGAAAGCUUUUUCAGUGGAUGAACAGAGGAGAGCCCACAGAUCAUGUGUAUAUGAUUCUAAAUUGUUCAACUGAUUGGCGAGAGAAGCACCAACUGAGCAAGUUGUGAAAGGUUUACUGUGGUUCCAAGUUGAAAUAAUGUAUCGAGUAGCAGUAGGAAGUAAGAGAGCACAGGGUAGAGCAGAGGCUGAGCUUAAAGCCUCAAUCCACUCAUGACAUGAGAUCUGCAGUAGACAAGAACAAUAGGCAACCUAUGACUUUGGCAGGGAUCCACCACAAGUUGCUCAAAGUAAUAUUGUCUUAAAAUUUGAAUUUCAAAGUAGCUGAGGGAUGAUGAUGCAGUUGGGGAAGUGGAGGGCAGGAAAAUCAUCAAAAUCUCAUAUAAAAAAUGAAAGAGUUUUUCAACAAGGGAAGGACAAUGAGUAGGUCUUGAGGCUCGGUGAAGGAUUAAAUAAGAAAGAGAGAAAGUUCAUUUUUCAUUGUAUUUCUUCACCAUAGAGUAUUAUUUAAAGUAAAAAUUUAUUCUAAUUUGACUAAAAAUUUAAGAAAA